AUGCAACUCAACAAUCUAGCGGCUUUACUGUACUCGCGAUUUGAACGAAGCGGUCAGAAAAGCGACCUGGACAAAACAAUAUGCAUGUACCGGCGAGCACUUGAACUUUUACCAUCACAUCAUCCCGACCGAUCCACAACUCUCUACAAUCUAGCAGGUUCUCUGAAGAUCCGAAGUAAUCGUGUAGGCCAAAAAUGCGACCUUGAUGAAGCCAUUUACUUGCACCGCCAGGCUCUUGAACUUUUACCCUCACCCCAUCCCUAUCGGUCCGCAUCUCUGGAUAAUCUGGCAGGUGCGCUGCUGACCAAAUUUGAGUACAGCGGUCAGCAAAGCGACCUUGACGAGGCAAUCUCUAUGCAGAGGGAGAUCCUUGAGCUGUUGCCAUCGGCCCAUCCCAAUCGACCUGCAUCUUUUAACAAUUUGGCCUGUGCGCUGUGGACUCGAUUUGAGCAAGGCGGUAAAAAAAGAGAUCUUGACGAGGCAAUUUCCAUGCACAGGAAGGCGCUUGAGCUGCGACCAUUGCCCCAUUCUGAACGAUCCGCAUCUCUCAGCAAUCUCGCAAGCGUUCUUUGGACCCGGUUUGAAAAAGACGGUCAGAAAAGCGAUUUGGACGAAGCGAUACUUAUGCAUAAGUGUGCUCUUGAAUUACGACCAACACCUCAUCCCGAUCAAUAUGCAUCCUUGAAUAAUUUGGCAGGUGCACUGCUGACGCGAUUCAACCACUAUCAUCAGAAAUGCGACCUUAAUGAUGCGAUUUUGAUGCAUAGGACAGCCCUCGAACUGUGUCCGUCACCUCAUCCUGAUCGAUCCACGUCUCUGAACAACUUGGCAUGCGCACUAAGGACCCGAUUUAACGAAGGCGGCCAGAACGAUGACCUUGAUACAUCGAUUGACAUGUAUAGGGAGACUCUUGCCCUCCGACCAUUUCCCCAUCCAAAUAGAUCCACGUCUCUCAACAACCUGGCAAGUGCACUGACUACUCAAUACGAUCGACAACGUCGGGAAAGCGAUUUCAAUGAAGCGAUGUCUAUGCAUAGAGAGGCUCUUGAACUUCGAGCAUCACCCCAUCCCGAUAGAUCAGCGUCUCUCACUAAUUUAGCCAUUUUGUUGUACAUUUACUUUGAAGAAAAGGGAAGAAGACAAGAUUUUGAACACGCAAUAUUGUUGUUGUCCACUGCCGCUCAGUAUCGUUUCCAACCUCCGUCCACCUCUUUUUUCAUCUGCAAAAUGUGGAUAUCGUACGCGAAGAAACAUUGUCAUGCUUCAUUAAUCACUGCUUUUGGAGUUGCCCUCCAGGUUUUACGGCCAGUAGCUGCUUUGUCGUUAACUGUCGAGCUCCGUCGCAAUGCUUUACUUUCCGGGACGGAUGGCUUAGCCAGGGACGCAUCUAACUGCGCAGUCCUCGCCGGAGACCUUUCUAAGGCUAUCGAGUUUCUAGAAGCAGGAAGAAGCAUCUUUUGGGCACAGGCCCUCGCUCUCCGGUCUCCUUUUGACCAACUUCGUAGCAGUGGCUCGGAAUCUUCGGCAUUUGCAGACAGGUUACAGUUUAUUGCUCGAGAACUUGAGAUGGGUUCCCAGCGGAAUAUUUCCGCUCCGCUCAUGGACAAUUAUACUCGUUUGUCUAUUGACGAAGAGUCGUCUCGCCUCAAUCGCCUCAGUGAAGAAUGGGAAGAAAUUCUUGUAAAAGUCCGGAAGUUGCAAGGAUAUGAAAACUUCCUACUCCCGCCGCACUUGUCUACACUCCAAGCUGCUGCAUACAAAGAACCCAUUGCUCUUCUUAUUUCUAAUCCGCAAGAAAGUCACUGUCUGAUCUUAACGUCUAAACACAUCCAUCAUAUCCCUCUUCCGAGGUUGCCCAAUUAUGUCCUUGAGGUACUCAUUCAAACUCUACAGAUGGCAUUUACGUCUUCGACAAAUCGGUCUGUGGUUGAAAAAAGCUAUCGCGUGAUUACUAGUAUUUUUGGAACUGGACGAGGGAUAAGUUAUCAGGAACGAAGUGAUUCCGAUAGUAUCUUCAGGUUUAUCCUAAGCAUUCUUUGGGAGGAAAUAGUAAAGCCAAUUAUCAACUAUCUUGAUAUCAAGAACUCGCGCAAACCCUCAACCUUGUAUUGGUGUCCUACUGGAUACUUCACUUUUCUUCCUAUGCACGCUGCGGGUAUCUACAGCAAUUGCAAUUCCGCUAUCGAUUGCGCCUCGGAAUACAUCAUUUCUUCGUAUACUCCAACCAUAGGCAUACUCCUUGCUGAAUCUUCUCCGCCGACCUCUCGAACGUUUAAAAUGAUGGCUAUCAUACAAUCUCAAGAUCUCCCGUCUACGAAUUCGGAGUUGCAAAACAUUCGGGAACAUGUCCCUGAUUGUGCUUUAAUUUCGAUGGGCACCCCUGGUUCGCCGGCCAAUGUGGAAACUGUCGUUUCUCGCCUCUCAGAUGUCUCAAUAGCUCACUUCGCAUGCCAUGGCUAUCAGGAUCCAUUGAAUCCAUUGAACAGCUGGCUUAAACUCAAUGAUGGACAACUCAGCAUUUCUAGAAUCAUGAAGGAAAAGGUAUCGCAUGGCGCGCUUGCUUUUCUUUCUGCUUGUGAAACCGCUACGGGCGACGUACAGCUGCCAGACGAAGCCAUGAGCAUAGCCGCAAGUUUGUUAUUCUGCGGCUUCAGGCGGGUAGUUGCAACAAUGUGGAUGAUGAGGGAUGAAGAUGGUCCCACUGUUGCCGGCGCAUUUUAUCGUGAACUUUUCCGUGGCCCUGGUGGAGAGAAGAUUCAUAUACCUGAUGUGACAAAGUCCGCAUAUGCGCUUCAUAUUGCAGUCACCGAAUUGCGUGCACAAACCGUAUCGUUCCGGCUGGAGGUUGCUUCUGGCGACAUGCCAAAGGAGUGGGAGCUAACCGACGAGUUUGAAGAAGCACCGAAGAAACCCGAAGGCGACCCUUGGAAGGUCAUAUUGGAUCCUCUAAUAGCAAAGGAAAAUAUACGAUGCAACGCCUGGAAGGACGAAGUUCAAAACUUAUUGAUCUUCGCAGGUCUGUUUUCGGCGGUUAUAACUGCUUUUGUUGUGGAAUCCUACAAAAAUCUUCAACGAGACUCAAAUGCUGACAUGAUUUUGCUCCUUUCUCAUAUCGCGACGCGCCUGGACAGUCCAGGGAAUUUUUCCACUAUGUCAUUCUCGUUGCCGUCUUCCUUUUCUCCGGACCCUUCGGCUGUACGGGUCAACGCGUUCUGGUUUCUGAGUUUAAUACUCAGCCUUGCCACCGUACUGGUAGGAAUAAUAUCUCUUCAAUGGCUACGGGAAUAUCAAUCUUUCCCUGGGCGCUCGGCUCGAGAUAUUCUGGCCAUAUAUCGCAUGAGGGCGGAAGGUAUUGAGAAGUGGCAUGUUUCGAAAAUCUUCACUGUGCUUCCCCUCCUGCUUCAAGCUGCCCUAGUAUUGUUUUUUGCAGGAAUACUUGACUUUCUGCACGCGUUGGGUAAUAACACAGUGCUGGUAAUCGCUGCAAUUGCAGUCGGUGUCACUCUCCUCUUCCUUCUGGUUACCACCUUCAUGCCCGCAUACCAAAAUCUUGCUUUACAGCUUUGGUUUCUCGUUUCCAAACGGAAACAUAGACCGCCUUCUCAGUGUCCUUACAAGUCACCUCAGUCUGCUGCCUUUGUUGCUGGUUUUUUUGCUAUCCUGCAAACUUGGAGAUUUCUGCUUUCGCACCUCGUUGGAUCUUCUUGUUUCAACCAAUCCUGGUCGUCAAAAACAAAGAAGGCUCGCCUUGUUCAGUAUUUAUCCUGCACAUGGUCUAUGGACAGCUGGAUAGACUCUGACAUGACGUGGCUCUCAGUUAGAGAUGUGUGUCAAGAACUAUAUCUCUCACAAGAUGAAGACAUCAAUGUUGACUAUGCCGAAACGCAUUCACCACUUCCUCUCUUCGACAUUACUCAGAUGCUUCGGAAAUCCAUAGGCGACGGUACUGUAACACACACCGAAGAACUCCUGUCGACGGCCUAUCACUGCUUCAACGACCUCUCGCGAGCUUUCCUACGAAGGGACCAAUCCUUGAAAGAAAAUACUGAUGAGGAAAUCCAUAGGCGCUUUGAACAGGUUGUGCAGAGAAACAGAUAUUUCCAUACACUGAUAUGCAAGCCUGGUAACGCAAAUGAACAUUUAUUUUGUCCUCCUAAUCCUCAAUACUUCAUUGACUUCGAACGAAUUCACUACCUUGCAACAUUCGAUGUUAACAACGACAUUCUGCACCACCAAAACUUGUUCAUGUUUGUGGAUCACAUCAUUAAAAAUUAUUCACGGACACUGGUGAACCACCGGGCGGAGCUUAUGAUACGCCUGGCUAAAGCACUGUACCAAAAACACACGGUCCUUCUACCCGAUGUAAUAUCAAACCCCAAAGGUCCCCCAAAGCUACCUGGAUACCUGAGAGGAGAUAUUGGUUUAUUCGAUCACUUAAAUUAUGCCCAACAGGGCAACAAGGUGUCAGAGUUUAAAAUGUUUUUCCCCCAGUACAGUUUCAUGCUUAUCGAGUUUUUCGAACACGCUGCCAAAUCGCAUGGCCAGCAUCCAGGUCAUACAGUAUGCCUACAUGGACACGAAAGCACUGUCAAGUUUCUGGAGACUGCGAGCGUACACGCAUACAUUGCCAUCGCACCCUACAUCGACGCCACCGACACCCAGGACCGUACGAAAAGAAUUAAGGCGAUGUCACUUGUCUUGAAGUCGAUAUCGACCUCGCUGGGGCGUUCUGUACUUUUUGACAGCCAGCAAGAAACUCUGUAUCUCUUUUACACAGCAGCAAUCUUUAUCAGGUGUUUUUAUUGCCUGAUGCUGAGCCAAGAUAGUCAGGAUCCAGGAUAUAAUCGUCUCCUUACAUCAAUCCGCGACCUCUCUAAUGUACUGCUUGCAUAUAAAAAGAAAACUCUCGAUGUGGGUAUAAUCGAACCUCAUCUUCAUGACCAAUUCAAGGGUAGAGACAUGUUCUACUACAAGGCAUCUUUCAAACAGCAAUCAGAAAGGUUCUGUCCCCAAUGGUGGGCUUUUCUCGAUGGGCGUACUUCAAAUUGUCGAGUACCCCUAUCAGUCAAGCUCCAAGUUGCCAUGGCUGGUCGCUUGCAUCGUCCCAAGUUUAAAAUGGGAAAACUGGUCAACACCUUUGCAGAAACAACUACAGGUUUAGGUGUCAAUACCAAUAACCCUGUCAGCCUCCUACGAGCGCUCGUGUCCUCGUCGGCAGGUACUCUACGGGCGCGUCUACGUGAUAAACCAAUGGUACCUAUUGACGAGUCAGCUGGCAGAUACGGCGAUGCAAGGGUGGCUGACGAAGACGCCCACACUGUGAUAGCCUCAAAAAUACCUGACCAAAAUGAAGAGGGUACUACUCACCAACAUGGACCAUACAGUCGAAACGGAAACACGAUCCCUUUUGCCAAUGAAACCAAGAUCCAAAUGAAUCCCAAUGCACACGACUUUGUAUAA